CUGCGUGUUUGUGCUAUGCCUGCAAACUCAGAGCCGCCACCGAUGUUUCAUUCUACGUACUGUGAACAAACCCUGAGCGACUGUUGAUCACGUCUGUCGAAUCAGCGCCAUCUAUGGUGCGUUCCAAUCCGAGAAGGUAUUUUGAAGUGAUGAUGGGGUGUGCCAUCCGGUGCACACACGCGGGGAAGCGCGGGCUAUAAGUGCCAGCGUCGGCAAGGUUGCUCUUCAGGCUCUCUUCUUCUUCUGCCCCGUUCCCCUUCCUGCUCUCGGCGACAUGCUGUCUUUCCUCGUCCUCGCUCUUUCAGUCGCCAUUCCCUUUACCGAGGCCAAGCCCCACUCGCGCUUGCGCCGUACUUGCCCAAGCAAACCCUCGGGCUCCUCCAACUCCUCGAGCUCUACCCAGUCCUCUCAGGUCGCAGCCGGCUGGUAUGCCGGCUACCACUCGACUGACUUCCCUCUCGCGGACGUCAGCUGGAGCAAAUACACCCACCUUACGUAUUCUUUUGCAACGACCACCCCUGACGUGAACGAGGUUUCUUUGGACGACUCCGAUGGCCAGCUGCUGCCUCAGUUCGUUGACACCGCCCACAAGAACAAUGUGAAAGCACUGGUUUCCAUUGGUGGCUGGACUGGAUCGAAGUUCUACUCGAACCACGUCGCCACCGCGGCCAACCGCACUGCGUUUGUGAAGACCGUUACCGGGCUCGCAACCAAAUACAACCUGGAUGGCAUCGAUUUUGACUGGGAGUACCCUGGUACCACCGGUCUCGAGUGCAACGCCGUCGCCCCCGACGACACCGCCAACUUCCUCACCUUCCUCCAGGAACUCCGCACCGACCCCGUCGGCAAGAACCUCGUCCUCUCCGCCGCCACCUCCAUCACGCCCUGGGUAGACGCCAACGCGACCCCGUCCGCGGACGUCUCGGGCUUCGCCAAGGUGCUCGACUGGAUCGCGAUCAUGAACUACGACAUCUGGGGCUCCUGGUCCACCGGCGUCGGCCCCAACGCCCCCCUCAACGAUACGUGCGCAGGCCCCAAUGAGCAGCAGGGCAGCGCCGUGAGCGCCGUCAAGGCGUGGUCGGACGCGGGCAUGCCUACGAACCAGAUCGUGCUCGGGGUUGCCGCGUACGGUCACUCCUUCCACGUCGACAAGGCUGAUGCAUUGGCCGGGAACACGUUGAACGCAUACCCUAAGUUCGAUGCUGCGCAGCAGCCUGCGGGCGACAAAUGGGACGGCCCUGCUGGUAGCGACGAUGGGUGCGGUGUCCUCACCACAACGCCCGGUGGCACUAUGGACUUCUGGGGCCUCAUUGACGCCAAGUUCCUGAACGCCAACGGCACUGCCGCACCUGGGAUCAACUACCGCUUCGACGACUGCAGCCAGACGCCGUUUGUUUACAACGAGGCCACGCAGGUGAUGGUGUCCUUCGAUGACGCGCACUCGUUCGCGUCGAAGGGCGACUUCAUCAAGAGCCAGAAGCUGCGCGGCUUCUCGAUGUGGGAGGCCGGCGGCGACUCCGCCGACAUCCUCCUCAACUCGAUCCGCACCGCGGCCGGGUUUUGAACUGGCGUGCUCACCUGCGCUGCCGGCCCCCUCUCUCCGUUUUCCGACUCGUAUCUCUCCUCUUCUGCGCUGUUCCUCGCGCAUGAUGUGCGGCACCUGUGGUCCGCACGUCGUGCCCGGCCGUCCACAGGUAGCACGGCCGCCUUCCUCAAGCUUCAUCAGUAUAUAUAGGCGCGCUAGGCGUGCGCACCGGCUGCUUUGCUCACCCACUUGCACGUAUAUCCGAGAUGACAUGUUGACGCUAUGAAUUAUGUUCCUGCGA